AUGCUGGGACUUCCAGACGGCAUGGUUGAUGGAACAGUAGACGGCAACAUAGAUGGGCUUGAGCUUGGCGGGAACGAUACGUCCACACUGCAGCAGACUGUAGAACAAAAGGCAUUUGGGGGUGGACAACAGUCACCUGUCAAACCCAGCGUUGCGCAACCAGGAUUUGCAGAGCAUGCAGCGGAACUUAUUGUCUCAGAAGGUUUAGAAGACUUGGAAGGAGCACUGCUAGGCAUUGUGGACGGAGUGGUAGAUGGUUUCGUCGAUGGUGCUGCUGAUGGAGCCGUCGAUGGUGGUGUUGAUGGUGUAGCAGAUGGCAAAGAGUCACCCAAUGAACAGCAAGUAAGGAAUGUGACGCCAUCAGAAGUUGGGCAACAAUCCCCAGCCAAACCAGAGCAAUCAGGAUGCGCUGAACAUGCCGCUUCUACGGUUCCUGGUGUCACAGAAGGCGCUGAAGACUUGGAAGGAGCACUGCUAGGCAUUGCAGACGGAGUGGUAGAUGGUAAAAUGGAUGGUUUCGUCGAUGGUGCUGCGGAUGGAGCCGUCGAUGGUGGUGUUGAUGGUGUUGCGGAUGGCGAAGAGUCACCCAAUGAGCAGCAAGUAAGGAAUGUGACGCCAUCAGAAGUUGGGCAACAAUCCCCAGUCAAACCGGAGCAAUCAGGAUGCGCUGAACAUGCCGCUUCUACGGUUCCUGGUGUCACAGAAGGCGCUGAAGAUUUCGAAGGAGCACUGCUAGGCAUUGUAGAUGGAGUGAUAGAUGGUGACACGGAUGAUUCUGGCGAUGGCAUCGUGGAUGGAGUCGUCGAUGGUGGUGUCGAUGGGGUAGCAGAUGGCGAGGAAUCACCCGAUGAGCAGCAAGUAAGGAAUGUAACGCCAUCAGAAGUUGGACAACAAUCCCCAGCCAAACCGGAGCAAGCUGGAUGCGCUGAACAUGCCGCUUCUACGGCUCCUGAUGUCACAGACGGCGUUGAGGACUUCGAAGGAGCACCACUGGGAUUUGUAGAUGGGGUCGUCGAUGGACUCGCAGAUGGUGCAGCAGAUGGCGAAGUGUUUGGUGAUACCGACGGGAUCGUCGAUGGUGCAACAGAUGGCGAAGAGUCACCCAAUGAACAGCAAGUGAGAAAAGUGACUCCAUCAGCAGUCGGGCAACAAUCCCCAGCCAAACCCGAGCAAGCGGGAUGUGCGGAGCACGCAGCCGAUACGGUCCCUUGUGUCACGGAAGGUGCUGAUGACUUCGAAGGAGCACUACUGGGCAUUUCAGAUGGUGUGGCAGAUGGUGACGAGAUCGGAGCUACCGAAGGUGGGCUGGAAUCUGUUUCGGCGCUGAAUGAACAGCAAGUGAGAAAAGUGACUCCAUCCGAAGUUGGGCAACAAUCACCAGUCAAACCGGAGCAAUCAGGAUGUGCUGAGCAUGCUGCUGACAAUGUUGCUUGUGCUUUUGAUGGAGCAGUAGAUGGCGUUGCAGACGCUGGGGAUGUAUUGGGCGAUCCCGUUGCUGCAUUGGACAUUUUCGAAGAGGAAGGAGGUGGUGAGGUACUUGGUGAAACAGACGUGGUUGGCGAAACAGAUGGUGACGUCGUUUGUGGUGCUGGAGUCGACGAACAACACGCAAGAAAUACCCCAUCCACCGUGGGACAACAACUUCCUUCCAAGCCUUCGCAUUUAGAAUGUGCAGAGCAUGCCGCUUGGAUCGCCACGGGGGAUGCUGUAGGCACAUGCGAUGGCGGCGUGGAAGGAAAAGCUGACACAGCUAGAGUCACAGCCACAUUUGGGGACGUCGAAGGCACUUGCGAUGGCAUCACGGAAGGAAAAGCGGACGCACCUGCAUUCGGAGAAGCGGAAGGGGACUUGGAAGGUACUGCGGAUAGCAUCUUGGUUGGCACAUUCGACGGGUCAGCGUUUGGACCAAUCGUUGGAACUUGGGAAGGAACCUUUGUUGGUGGAGCAGUUGCACCACAACAAUCGAGUGUGACUCCAUCUGCUGUUGGACAACAUAGUCCUGAAAGGUUCAGAUCAACACACGCUGGAUGUUCUUCGCAUGUUUCGGAGGAUACAAAUGGAGCUGGCGUUGGGAUCUUGGAUGGCAUUAAUGAUGGUAAUGGAGUUGUCGGUGGCGUGGUUCCUGUUGUGGGAAUCGCGGACGGCAUCAACGAUGGAAAUGGAGUAUUUACAAUUUUGGCACAGCAGUCCAGCAUGUCUCCAUCUUCUGUUGGACAACAGAAGCCAUCCAGACCGGCGUCAUAA